AUGGAUCUACCACACUCCCAAUCCCAAGGUCAACCUUCAUCUCUUCCACAUCAUCCGGCCUCCGCUCAGAGUCCUUAUUAUUCAUACUCUUACGGUCAAGAUUCUCCUCCUGAAUCCUCCUCGGCCUCAUACCAACGCGCAACCGCCCUCAACACGGCCGCCAACGCAAAUACGCAACCUCAUCCACAAUACGACGACGACUACCACGUCUCGAAUUCUACACACGCGCCGCAGCAGCUGUCGCAGCAACAGGGUCGUUUCACCGAGGAAUGGGGAGCCGCACAGCGUGGACCUUCUGUCCUUCUUGAUUAUCCUCACAACGGCGCAAGCAUGCAGCGCGCCAACUCGGUGCACAGCUUCAAUGCUGGCGACGACUCAGCGCUCCCUGUGCGCUCCAACACUCUCAAGAAAAAGAACUCGCUGCGCCGCAAUGGGAGCCUCAAGCGUAGCAGCAGCCAUCGUAGCAUGAGGGCUGGCAGCGUCAAGAGUCUCGCCUUGCAAUCUACCUCCGAUCCCGAUGAGGCGCACAGUGCUUUCCACUGCCCGGUUCCCACAUCUGGCAACCCGACCGAUGCGCUCGCAAACCGGUUUCAGAACUGGCGAAAGGUGCUCAAGGAUCUCAUCGCAUACUUUCGUGAGAUUCAGACACACUAUGAGCACCGCUCCAAAUCUCUCAUCAAGCUGGCCAAUGUUUCCAACAACAUUUCAGCACCGCCCGGCUUCCUUCAAUCGGCGGGUAUUGAUGAUGCGCUUCAAUCUCUGCGAGUCUACAACAAGAACGCUGUUCUCGAAGCCAACAAGGCUAAGGAGAUUGAAGAUGACGUGAUUCUCGCCCUGACUGGAUUGCGAAGCGAUCUUCAGCAGAAGAUCAAGGAAAUUAAGAACCUCUCGGGUGACUUCAAGAAUUCGGUUGAGAAAGAGAUGGACCACACUCGCAAGGCAGUCAAGACUCUUGGUGAUACCUUGGGGCGGAAUGAGCUUGAUGAGUCGUUGACAACCGGCAAACAAGACCCAUACUUGCUCCGCUUGGCUGUCGACCGUCAGGUGGAACGGCAGAUUGAUGAAGAGAAUUAUCUGCACCAGGCAUAUCUCAACCUGGAGAACUCGGGCCGAGAGCUAGAGUCGAUCGUUGUUGGAGAGAUCCAGAAGGCCUAUAAUGCCUACGCUGGCAUCCUUAAGCGUGAGGCCGACAACUCGUACAGCGUCAUUGGCGAGCUUCGAGACGGCCCAAUUUCCAUGCCCAAGGACCACGAAUGGAUGCACUUUGUUACCCACGACGAGAAAUUCGUCGACCCGACAAUCCCCCUCAGGACGGCGGACCAGAUUCACUAUCCCGGACAGGACCACGAGGCGGCGCAGGAGAUCCGGGCCGGAUUGCUGGAGCGAAAGAGCAAAUAUCUCAAGAGCUAUACAGCCGGCUGGUAUGUACUUUCUGCGACUCACCUCCACGAGUUCAAAUCGGCGGACAAGGCGCAAGCCCCCGUCAUGUCUCUAUACCUUCCAGAACAGAAACUAGGAUCUCAUUCGAACGGAGAGGGCUCUUCCAACAAGUUUAUUCUCAAGGGCCGUCAGACGGGUGGUAUGCACCGUGGACACACCUGGGUCUUCCGCGCCGAGAGCCACGAUACCAUGAUGGCUUGGUACGAGGAUAUCAAGGUGCUCACAGAGAAGACGCCUGAGGAGCGCAGCCAGUUUGUGCGCAGCCAUUCUAGGAGCCUUAGCCGAUCAUCCCGACGGUCAGUUAGUAGCGAUGGACUGGUCGACGAGGAAGACGAGGAGCCCUUCACGGCCGACACCGAAUCCUUCACCAACCCGGGACCGAGGCAACACGAUACGACCCCCCGGCGAUCUCAAGCAGGUGGGCGGUUCCCAUCUGAUAUCCAAGUCAAUGCGCAACGUGGCUUACAGGCCUCUCAUUCGCCUUCUAGUGUAAGCUCCGGGUUCCAGGACAACCACAAGGACUCCUUGCCGCCGAUUGUGACGGGGGCCCUGGUUGGAUCGGCAGCUGGAAACUCUAAACAGAACCGGGAGAAUGGUCUGGGCUAUGGAGCUGUGCACCAGACACCUCUGGACGAGAUGCCCUCGAAUGCUGCCAUUGCCAGCCAAAAGGCACACUAUGAUGGUGUCAACCCUUACACGAGCGAGCCCCGGGAGCAAGACAACAACGGAUACGUCCUUGGUCCUCAGACCUCAACUUACAACCAGACAUCCUACAACGACUCUGCGUCAUAUGACCGGGAGGCGUCUUCUAGCCAGCAGCCAGGCUGGGAUGAUCAUACCAACAGUGGUGCCAAAGCAACCAACUACCGCAUGAUGACAGUUGGAGAAGGAUUCCCCAGACUGGAUGGCGGCGCUGCUGGCGAGUCUCAGCCUUCUACUAACAAGCCGGAAUCUGUGUUUACGGAGCCCGACUCGGUUCUUCUCCGAACAGACGACGAGGAUGAUAUUCCCCCUGUGCGACCUGGUGGCAACAACCGCACUGAGAGCCACAACACUAUUUCCAACCUGCACAUUCCUGGUGGCUAUCCUAAGAGCACUUUUGCGUGAGGUGGACUGGCGCCACUGGGCUUCUCUUUAGUGUGGGCAUUUCGUUACUCGAUUUCCUUUUGGUUGGAGUGUGUAUAUGGCAAGGAAGGGGUGCAGUUUCAAAACAAUGGUCAUGGAUGGAGCGAGUAGUCUCGUUGAGGGUCAGGAGGCGUUCGCUACGAGACGUGUGCUUUGUAUAUCCCUCGUUAGGCAAUGAAUUUUGAGUGUUUGUUUGGAAGCUAUUUAGCGAGUUUCGUAAAUUGAAAUGAAUCAGUG